GUGUAACUUGUCUUGUUUAGAUCUGUGAAGUUGGGGGUCUCUACAGCUAAGUUGAUUAAAUGGAUAAUUAGCUUUUAUACUAACUGAGAACUUCCAAGUUAGAAAGACUCCUGAAGGCUGUAAAAUGGAAGCUAAAUCAGUCAUGUUUAAAGAGAACUGCAGUUGGAUCAAGCUUAUGGCAAGAGGAAAAGAGUGAUUUGAUAAUGAAGAAGACUCCUGUCUACAGCAUGUAUUUUUUCCAACUAGAUACAGCACCUUAGAAAUAAAUAAUAAAAAAAAAAGGUCAACUUUGUGGAUGAGGAAACUUACUGAAACUAUUUUUAACACUCAUUAUGCAAACUAUAUAUUAGAUCAUUCAGCUGUUUUCAGGCAUUCAGAUUUAUUUAAAUGAGCAGGUAGAUCCUACCUGUUGGGUGGCGGGAUUGAGAUCACUGUAGCUAAAGUUGAACUGAAGCAAAUGGGUGACUCACAGCAGGAACUCAUCUGCUAUUUCAAGUACGUGUGAUGUUCACAAAGAGUGAAUAAGAGUGUUCCUCAUCCUCGGCCACAAUGUCUUCUCAUUUCUUCCUGGACUGGAUCCUUCUGAUCUGGCUUACAGGCCCUACAGUGUCAGGACUGCUGGUGAAGGGAGAGGUUGGCCAGAAUAUCACUGUGCCCUGCUUUUACACAGUUAAGACAGAACAUGACAUCACCUCAAUGUGCUGGGGCCGUGAUGCCUGUCCCCCUUCCAAAUGUUCUUACCCCAUUAUCUGGACAGAUGGGAGGAAGGUGACAGAGGGGUACCAUGCAAAGUAUGCCCUGAAAGGGGACUUGCUGAAGGGCAACGUGUCCCUCACCAUCCUGAAUGCCCAGGAAACAGACAGUGGGACGUAUUGCUGCCGUGUGGAGAUCCCGGGGUGGUUCAACGAUAAGACAACCAACCUCCAGGUGGUGGUUGAGAGAGCUAGGGUCUCUACUGCAAGCCCUCUCACUCACACCUCUCCACCGACCUCAGCUCCUGGGAGUGCCAGUGAAGCGUCCUUUACUGUCAGAACGUGGCCACCAGCUUCUGAAACAGAAACUCCUGAGACUGCCUCUGGUUCCUACUCAAGCACCUCAGACUACCCAGAAGUAACCUCAAGCCUGCAGAAUUCGUCCAUAUCAACUCAUAGUCAGCAGUAUUCAGAAAAGAAUGUUUACCUCAGAACUGGAUUGUGUGUAGGAUUUCUGCUCAUCCUUGUUUUGGGUCUGUUCCUGGGUAGACGAUAUUUACGCAAUAUGAAGAAACUGAGUAAGUUUGCAAGCUCUGUUGCAUUUUGGAGACAAGAACGUGCUGGGAACCAAAGUGCCCUGGAAGUUGAGAUCCACGCAGAGGAAAACAUUUACACAAUACACUAAAGACUGUAUGCAUGCUUUCCUUUGUCAUCUCUGGGACUUUAAAUAUUUUCCAAAAUCUUAGCUGCUCCCUCUGCUCUGCAGCUAAGUGUGCCUGGACUGCUAAAGCAUCACUCAUAUCAUUCUAAUAAAGCAAAUAAAAGCUACAAUUCUAAUUAAAAA